CACAAUAGCUUCAAAGUUGCAGUAACAUCCCGAAAUGCUAGGUGCCUUCGCUGUUGCUAUGGAGACGCCACGUCAACAACGUCACCCUCCAAAUUAAAACAGAGGUCUCACUGAGCGACGUUAAACGCCAAGAAGCUGUUCAAAAUGUUGCAAAUGUCGGCAAAGAGCAAGAAGGCGACACAAGCCCAGGCUGAAACCCUCGCGAAAAAGGUGGAACAUUUCACUAAAAUAGAGAUCGAGUGUCUGAUCCAGACGUUUAACGUCCUUCAAGCUGAGCAGGUCGGCCGAGGUAAAGCAACACAUGGCCUGGACAGAUGGACGUUUAGAGGCAUCCUGCAGAACAUCUUUGGGUUGACCAAUGCCAUGAUGAUCGACGGAGUUUUCAGGAGUUUUGACAAAGAUGGUGAUGGUAUCAUUAAUGUGGAGGAGUGGAUCGAAGGACUCUCUGUUCUUCUGCGUGGGACGCUAGAUGAGAAAAUAAAACACUGCUUUCAAGUGUACGACCUGAAUGAUGACAAAGUCAUCGCCAGAGAAGAGAUUUGUCACAUGCUGAAGCAGAGCCUCCUCAAGCAGCCAAAUGAGGAGGAUCCGGAUGAAGCAAUUAAAGACGUGGUUGAGAUCACAAUGAAGAGAAUGGACCACGAUCACGAUGGCCUGCUAUCUUUUAAGGACUUUGAAAAAUCUGUCCAAAAGGAGAACCUUUUGCUAGAGGCAUUUGGAACCUGCCUCCCUGACCCCACAGUAAUCUUACAAAUUAUAGGAUGCCAUAAAUUUCUGCCAGACGUUCUUAAUCUGAUUCAUUUUUUUUUUUUAUCUUUCAGAGUAUUGAGAAGUUUGAGCACCUUGUAUUUCAAGAGCAACAAGAACAAGGAAACAACUCAUAUUCAUGUACACCUUCAAAUCUAUCAUGAAUAAAAAGCUUAAUAUCUGCUUGUACUUUUCCUAACAAUGGGUAAAUAAAUGCAAUCUACAAAAAAGAGAAAUAUCUAGUUUCCAAAGCAGCCAGCGGUAGACAUCUGUCCAGUUUAUAUCCGGCGACGUGGUUUUGCUUUUUUCUCAACUUUUUUAACUUCUGGAAUUGAUCCCACCUAAAAAUUAAACAGACAUACAUUGUGACAGUAUAUUUGUUAUCAUGUCAAAUACAAAUAAAAAUCACUGAAUGAC